ACUAACUUCAUUCUUAUAGUGACUUCGGCGUUUUUGUUGAAUUUUUAAAAUCAACUGGAAUUUUAGAAUAGUAUUUUAAAAAGAUGUUUCUUACAAGAAGUGAAUACGAUAGGGGAGUAAAUACCUUCUCUCCAGAAGGCAGGCUCUUCCAAGUUGAGUAUGCCAUAGAAGCUAUAAAGUUAGGUUCGACUGCAAUUGGAAUAUCGACAUCAGAAGGUGUUGUUCUGGCUGUUGAAAAACGCAUUACAUCUCCUUUGAUGGAACCCACAACAAUUGAAAAGAUUGUUGAAAUUGAUAAGCACAUUGGCUGUGCUGUGUCUGGUUUAAUGGCCGACUCUAGGACAAUGAUUGAUAGGGCUAGAGCAGAAUGCCAGAAUCAUUGGUUUGUAUACAAUGAGAAUAUGAGUGUGGAAUCUUGUGCCCAAGCUGUAUCAAACUUGGCUAUUCAGUUUGGUGAUUCAGAUGAUGAUGGAGCUGCUAUGUCAAGACCAUUUGGUGUAGCAAUUUUGUUUGCUGGAAUUGAUGAGAAGGGACCACAACUCUACCAUAUGGAUCCUUCAGGUACAUUUGUACAAUUUGAUGCCAAGGCAAUUGGUUCUGGUUCUGAAGGCGCCCAGCAAAGUUUGCAGGAGGUUUACCACCGUAGUAUGACUCUUGAAGAGGCCACUACUUCGGCCUUGACGAUUUUAAAGCAGGUUAUGGAAGAGAAAUUAAACUCUUCAAAUGUGGAAGUCAUGACAAUGACACCAAAUAAAAUGUUUCAUAUGUUCAGUAAGGAGCAAGUAGAAGAGGUAAUUUCUAAGCUGGCUUAAUAUGUUUUAUUUAAGGUAUUAUGUAUGAGGUUUUAAUUUUUGUAUUCAAAAUAAAGGAUGUAUAUUCCGA